UUGGAAAUGGAAUGUAAUAAUAAAGUGAAAUAUGAUUGGACCAACAUAUCCCGGGUGGUUUUGUGAAGAGAUGGAUAAUCGGAUAAUCGGAGGGAAUCUAAACCAUUAUCAUAUUCAUAUCAACCCAAACUCAAACUCAAACACCAACACACAUAUCUAAUAAAUAUAUAAUGAUUCACUCCGCCAUGACCUUCCGAUUCUCCGCCGCCAUAGCCGCCGCACCUUAUUAUCGGCCUAUGUUGAGCUCCGACGAUGUCAACGGACUUGUUCAUGUAACCUCUUGCCGCGUUUCUCACGCCUCCGUAUUCCACGUCCCGUGGAGAAGAUAUCGAAGAACGAAAAAUGCUUCUCCUAGAAGAUGCCAUGUCAUUAAGAAUAGGAUUCAUGCUUCAACAAAGCAUUUAGGGCCUGGUUCAGAUCCCAUAAAGCAGAAUGGAAGACCACAAUAUCACCCAUUUGAGGACAUUGCUAAAUUAACACCAGAGAAUGGUGCAGGUGCUAGACUUACAUCUGCAGAAAUUGCCAGGACAAUAAUUGAGGUAAACAGCAAGGCAACACUUAUGUUUUCAAAUUUGAUGAAUGAUGAAAUCAGUGAGAGUAUGUUCUGGCCAGAGUUGCCUUAUGUAACUGAUGAACAUGGAAAUAUAUAUUUUCAUGUUAAAGAGGGUGGAGAUACUAUGCAAUCCCUGACCUCGGAAGAUAACUUCGUGCAAGUUAUUAUAGGCUUGGACACUAUGGAAAUGAUCAGUGAAAUGGAAUUAUCAGGCCCAUCAGAAAUUGAUUUUGGAAUUGAUGAGAUUGAAGAUGAAGAUAGCGAUGAUGAAGAUGAGGAUGAUGAGGAAGAUGAAGAGACUGAUGAUUAUGAUUCGGACUGGGUUGCUAUUCUUGAAGAUGACGAUCCGGAUGAUUCUGAUGAGGCACUUGGAGACUGGGCAAAGUUGGAGACUAUGCGUGCCUCUCAUCCUAUGUUUUUUGCCAAAACACUUGCAGAGGUUGUUUCAGAUGGCUCUAAAGAUUGGAUGGAGCAGCCACCAGCUAGUCUAGCUAUUCAAGGCCUUAUAAGACCUGCCUUAAUUAAGGAACAUUUGGUCAUUCGGAAACAUCUAUCCAACCUAGAGAGCGAUGAUGCUGCACCGGAUAAAAAUGUUGGAGAAUCUGUAGAAGAUAAUUCAGAAGAAGAUGUUAAAAUUAAUGGUCAUCAACGUGAAUCUGAAUCUAACAAUGAUAAUUCAACUGGGACAGAAGAAGAACCAGAGAAGGAUGACUUCACAACAAAUGGGGCUACAUUUUACAAGCUGGAGAUGAUUAAAAUUCAGUUAUUUUCAGCCAAUGGAAAUCAGACCGUUGUUGAAGUAGAAGACUAUACGAAAGCUCAGCCUGAUGCGAUAGCACACUCAGCUGCUAAAAUUAUAUCUCGCCUGAAAGAUGGUGGAGAAACGAUUACGCAAGCCCUCAAGUCUCUAUGCUUUAGAGUAAUGGGUAUUCAAGUGGAGGAGGCUGUGAUUAUUGGUGUAGAUUCCCUUGGUUUUGAUAUGAGAAUUUGCUCAGAGAAACAAGUCCAAACACUGCGGUUUGCAUUUGAUACCAGGGCAACUUCUGAGUAUGGAGCGGAGAGGCAACUAAAUGAUUUAUUAUUUUCAAGGGUGCAACACAAAUCACAAAAGAUGAAACAAACACAGCAAAACGAAUGCUAAUAUUGGCAAAAUUGUCCAGCGUCACUGUUGUGUAUUGAUUCUAUUAGAUGAAUUGUUUGGCCCUUUGAGCACCAAUUUGAUUGUAAGUUGUAGGCAAUGUAGUAAUUGGAAAGGGUUGCAAGGCAAGAGGGUUGGGUUGGGUUUCUUAUAAAGGGUCCUCCAGCUCAUGUAUCAUGUGUUAGAUGCAAUCAUUUCAUGGCAAUUCAUUCUUUUUCAAACUUCGCUCUUUAACCAUUUACAUAGCAAGUAAGUAUCAUGUGCUCAGUUGCCAAAGAAACUGACUCUAUGGACUCCCUCAUUGUCUCAAGAUAAAAAAGAAAAAAGAAAAGAAAAAAAACUAUCUUCAUGAUAAGAUAUGUUAUUAGGAGCUGAAUAUGUAAGGCAGUAGAUUAGGGACAGGACCCUAAAAUAUUAAAAAGAUGUCUAGUAAGAAAUAGCAACAAAAUACAGGAUAUUAUCUACUUGUGUUGUUGCUGCAUAUAGGUCUCAUAAACCAAUUGAGCUGCUAGAAUAUCCACCACAGCUGAUCCAACAGACUUGAAAACAGUAAUCUCUUCAGAAUUGCUUCUCCCAACCUUCUCACCUGUUACAAGUUCUACCAAGUUUCCUCCAAUGUCUUUUUUCUCAAUCACACCUCUCUCAAAAGCACCCACUAACUCACCUGCCUCAACCAAAGCAGCCUCAUUGUCCACAAACACUCUUCCUCUCUUUAUAGCCUCAUCAUCACACUCCUUCAUGGAGUGUUUGAACGAGCCAACCAAGUCAAGAUGAGCACCUGGUUUUAGUUUCUGGCCCUUCACAAGCGGCACCUCUGAGUUUGUUGCGCAGCUCACAAUAUCUCCCAUCUCAACCAAUUCAUCCAAACACCCAUUAUUGCUCUCAAAACAAACCCCAUCAAGUUCCACACUUUCUUUCAUUUUCUCAGCCAAUUUUCUUGCCUUUUCCACCGUACGGUUCCAGAUUACAACUUUCUUCAAACUGGGUCUUGCCACAAGAUGGGAUCUAAUCAGAUGUGGUGCCAUAGCCCCAGCACCGAUCAUCACCAAAACUCGGCUAUCGUCUCUGGCCAAAAUUCUCGAAGCUAAGCCUGAAACACAUGAAGUUCUUAUAAGGGUCAUUUCGGUUCCGUCAAUGGAAGCCAAAGGUUGCCCAUUUGUGGAGCUGAAGAGCACAUAACUGGCAUGCACUCCGGGCAAGUUUAUUGCAGAGUUAUCUGGGAAGAAAGUCACAAGCUUGACCCCUAUAUAAGGCAGAGAAGGAGAAGUGGACCAAGAUGGCAUGAGGAGGAGAGAUGAAGUGGGUGAAACGUCAUGGCUUUGCCGAAUUGGGUUACAGAGCGAUGAUGAAGCUUUGGGCAGAGAGGAUUGAAAAUGAUCGAUUAGACUUCGAUGAGAGAUGAGGGACCGCAGUGAUUCACUGUUGAUGAGAGUUGAGGGUGCUACGGCGGCGGACAUGGAUGUGGAAGAAGCCAUUAU